UUUCCACGCAAAACACGCCGAUAAAACAAACUGCAACGCCCAUUUUUGUAGUUAAAUCAUUGAUUCGUGCAUUUCCUUACCCUCUAAUCACUCAAUGGACGAAGCUGUGUUCUACAUCUCCCAGGGCUCUCCUUCUGCGGCCACCUCCACUGGUAAAUCGCACCAGGACAACGCUACCACCGCGAUGAUCACCUCGAUGCAUUCAUCACACCAGUACUCUGCUUUCCGCCAGGCUACGUGUCCGACCAACGGUGCUAUCAUGACCGGCUCUCCAUCCUCCGGCGAGCGCCUCUUUGUCUCGUGCCCCGGCAAGGCGCUUAUGCAUGUGUACUCGUACGGGAAGGAAGCUCCUGACCAGCGUAUACCGUUGCCUGAGCAGCUUGCGUGUCUCACUUUGGUGCCACACCCGCUCAUGGGGUCUACCACCAGCGGUACGCUUGCCACGGGCAACCAGAAGCCGCAGUUCCGUCUCCCCUGGUUACUUGUUGGUGGUGGCAUCAGCGGCCGCCUUUUUGUGUGGGAGUUGGCCCUGGGAUUGCUCCUCUCCGUUAGAGAAGCGCACUACCAGUCGGUAACGUGUUUACAAGCGUCAAAGUCUGGCUCCUAUCUCACCUCGGCCGGCAAAGACGGGAGACUUCUCGUGUGGAGAACGGCCGACCUCGUGGGUCUCUACACCUCGAACCUAGCAACCUCGGCCUCAGUCGAUGACUUUGACGAGUCCCGCAUGCAGAAGCCCGUCUGGUCGGUCUCGGACCACACGUUGCCAGUCACCGCCGUGUGUGUCACGGAGUCUGCGUUGCUCAACGACACCAAGGUCUUUACCGCCUCCUUGGACGGGACCAUGCGUGUGUACGACCUCCUCACUGCCAAGCUCCUCACCACCUUUGUCGUUUCUGCCGAGGGCGUUAGAUGUAUGGUGCUUGACCCGAGCUUGAGAGCCGUGUACGCUGGUUUAGCCGAUGGCCAGGUCAGACGUAUACCGUUGUACCAGGCAAACACUGCCACCAACAUCGUUGAGGCUGUGGGUGGUUGCGGUAAGAUCAUCACCUUGGACACCGAUCCGAGCAUGAACCACACGUUUGCGCUUUCUGCCCAACAGCAGACCGCAACACAAAAGGUUGCAGUCACCUGUCUUGCCAUCUCCAUGGACGGCACCUUCCUUGUCUCUGGGGACUCCCAAGGUGGGGUCUACAUCUCCGAUGUUGCCACCAGACAGAUCAUCAAAACGUUGAAGCCGUUACACGGCGCCAUUUCGCAACUCCAAGUCUUCCGGGCCACGGCCAGCGACAACUCCGGCGAGCUCGUAUCCAAGAACGACAAGGCACACCGCUUGAUUCCGCAGUUGAAGCGAGUAAUUGCCUCUGCUGAUGUCCGCGAGCAUGAUAUUGUGAUGGAGGUGCCGAGUCUUGAUGACGAAGAGGAGACGUUUGAAGCGUGGUUGGACGAGGUCAAGAGACAGGAGUUGGCCUUCAAAAACUUGACCGCAGUUGACUCCGAGGUAAAGGUCACUGGGGAGAACAAUGGCAAGGUUGCUGACUUGGAGUCCCAGGUCAAGAAGAUGACCCAGGCCUACACUGAGUUAAGAAAGAUGCACGAGGAGUUAUUCAACGAACACAGCAAGUUGCUCAAGGAGGGCAAGUAGGUGUUUCAUCCCUUGGGGGAGCAAACUUUGUUUCCAUUCCAUCGCGGAAGCGAUCGUUCAUAGUCUUUGAUUUGUUGAAGUAUUGUCAUAUAUUGUAUAAUAGAGCUAGUUACAGAA